UCAAUAUGUCUCAAGAUGGCGGCCAAUGCGGGAUCGAUGGUUCAAUAUUGGAGGCGCUUUGAUUUACAGCAGCUGCAGAAGGAGCUGGAUGCCACGGCCACAGCGUUGGUCAGCAGGCAGGAUGAGAGCGAGCAGGCCCGGAAAACUCUCAUCGAUCAGAGCCGCGAGUUCAAGAAGAACACACCAGAGGAUCUGCGAAAGCAGGUAGCUCCGUUGCUAAAGGGCUUCCAGGCAGAGAUUGACGCUGUCAGUAAAAGGAGUAAAGAGUCAGAGGCAGCCUUCCUAAAGGUCUACAAGAGAUUAAUUGAUGCCCCAGAUCCGAUGCCCAUGCUGGAGGCCUGCCAGCAGCUGCAGCUCUCGAUGCAGAAGAUGCACGACGUCGAGACUGAGAAUCAGCACCUCCGGCAGAGCCUGACGGACUUCACACAGGACCGAGUGCAGAUCCACAACCACGAAAUGACAAUAAAAGCACUUAAAGAGCAGAUUGAGGAAUAUGAGAGGACAUUAAAACAGCAGGCCAGGGACCUGUGGCAGGAGGAGUCGCAAGAAAACCAACAGGGGGAGCAGGAGAGCGACACAAAGAGGGACGAGGAACUGGAGGAUGAGACAAAGGAGGAGCAACAGGAGCAGGUUUCCAGCGACCAUGCAGAGGACAAAAGUGACGUCGGCCAGACGCAGGACUCGGUGGCGUCAGACCUGGAAGCGGCGGACGGCAAGGCCCGGGCCCUGCAGACAGCCCUUGAAGCAACUCAAGCUGAACUUUUGGACCUGAAGAGCAAAGCAGACAAAAAGUCGUCCACUAAGGCAGAAGAGAUCAAAGUUGUGAUGUCUGAGCUGGAGCGGGCCAAUCAGAGAGCAGACGAAGCUCAGCGGGAGGCCGACGCUCUUAGGGAACAGCUGACGUCUGCCAAUAAGUCCCUACAGCUGGCCACUCAGAUCCAGAAAGCUCCAGAUAUGGAGCAGGCCCUGGAGGUCCUGUCACGCUCCAACCUGGAGGUGGAGCUGAGCGCCAAGCAGCGGGAGGUGCUGCAGCUGGCAGAGGACAUCCAGAGACUGCAGGUCAGUCUCGACAGCAUCCGCGAAGCCUCCACCGCACAGAUCAGCCAGCUGAAGCACGAGCUGAGCACCAAGGAGGCUGCGCUCAGGCAACUGGAAGAGAAGCUCCACGAACAGGCCGACUAUGAAGAUGUCAAGAAGGAGCUCAGCGUCCUCAAGUCCAUGGAGUCUGCUGCCUCAAACGGUUCCUCAGCCCAGGACCUGAAGCCGGUGGACGUGUUGCUGCUGGACAAAAGUCAGAGGCUGCAGUCAGAGAGGUCGUCUUUACAGCUCAGCAACAGCAAGCUGAGUGGUGUGUCAGGGCGAAAAGUCAAAGAAUCACUUGAAAGACCUCCACAUCUCCUGGUCAGCACCAUGGGCACCAACCUGCAGGGCUCUCCUCCUCCACCCUCCCAGCUGCUCCUGCGCCCUGGCAUGGAUAAGGGUGCCUCUGAGGACUCUACCGCCACCACCAACGGCACCCACCACUUUUUACCUUCAGGAGUUGGCAUAGUGGGUGGGCAGGACUUUUUCAGUCCAUCCUCAAUGGCAUCAGCAAGCUCUGCUUUUCCCCUAACGGGCAAGGUAGCGCUUAACUCCCUGCUCCAUCGCCAGCUCAUACAGACUUUCUACUCCAAAGCCCUCCAGGACUCUGUGUCCUCCUCCAGCCCUGCUUUGCUCUUCUCUCCAGCCCACUACCCCACAGCCAACUCCCUAUCAAGCAGCCCCCUGCCAUCACAUCAGCCCCUGCAACCCCAGGCACCGCAUCCGUCGACGGGAAGUCCGGAUAUCAAUGGUUUGGCACCUUCACCCAGCCAAUCAGAAGGAGCCGGGAGCAUCUCUGAAGGUGAGGACAUGGAUACUGCUGAGAUUGCACGCCAGGUCAAGGAGCAGCUGAUCAAGCACAACAUUGGCCAGAGGAUAUUUGGCCACUACGUACUUGGACUGUCUCAGGGUUCAGUCAGUGAGAUCUUGGCCAGGCCCAAGCCUUGGAAUAAGCUGACCAUCCGCGGUAAGGAGCCCUUCCACAAGAUGAGGCAGUUCCUGUCUGAUGAGCAGAACAUCCUGGCACUGCGCAGCAUCCAAGGGCGGCAGAGAGAGAACCCAGGCCAGAACCUAAACAGAGUGUUUCAGGACGUUCCGAAGCGAAGAACCAGCUCUGAAGGCUCCUCAAGGCCAGGUAACAUCACCACGCGGAUUCGAACCCCCGAAACUGGCUCAGAUGAGGCCAUCAAGUCCAUUUUGGAGCAGGCCAAGAGAGAGCUGCAGGUCCAGAAGGCCGCAGACCCCUGCCAGCUGUCCUCCCCUGGCAGCAGCAGCAUGGGCGGCUCUUCAGAUGACACCAUCCAAUCCAUCCUGGAACAAGCUCGCAAGGAGAUGGAGGCGCACCAAGCCUCCCUGGAGCCCAUCCUCAAGGUCUCCUCCAUGGGCCCCUCAGACCUCACCCUGCUCUCCUCAAAAUUAAUGGGGGCCUCCACCACCCCGUCCCAGUCCUCAUACUCCCCUCUGAGCCUGGCCCUCAAGAAGCCCUCCGGACACGCUUCCUCUUCCCCCUCGCCAUCCUCCCUCCUAGAUUUCCAUUCGGGUCAGGUGAAGAAGGAGGUGGCAAUGGGAGAUGUUUGCAUGGGAGGAACACCGCUGGACGGAGGAAGCAAGCAGGGUGGAGGCUCCUGGCGGGACCAGUGGUGGAACAGCGUGAGCUCGGGAGGCUGGGCCAUGAGCGAGGAGUCUCAGAGUCAAGAGGACUGCAAGGAGAAGCCUCCCCGACUUGCUGCCUCUUCUUCCUCCAUGGACUACUGGAAGGACUGGCCGCAGGCGGAUUCCCCGUACUCCCAGGCCGGCUCCGAGCCCCAAGGGCCGCCCAGCCGAGCCGACACCCCCCAGAGCAGUCCGUCGCCCCUGGGCCUCGUGUGCAACCUGGGUCCCUUGGGCCCCCUGCUGGUGUCUGGCUCCUCUGUGGCUGCUACGCCCAAAACGCCCAAGCUCGCGGUGGCGCCACUGAAACCAGAGCAUUAUGAGUUCUACAUGUUCCAGGAAGUGGACACUCAGGAGCUGACUCAGCACGUCAAGGACAAGUUGGCCAAGAACGGCAUCUGCCAGCGCAUCUUUGGAGAGAAGGUGCUGGGUUUGUCUCAGGGGAGCGUGAGCGAUAUGCUGUCUCGGCCGAAGCCCUGGGCCAAGCUGACCCAGAAAGGCAGAGAGCCCUUCAUCCGCAUGCAGCUGUGGCUCAACGGAGAACUGGGCCACAAUGUCCUGCCCUUACAGGGCCAGCCGCAGGAAAACACCCCUAAGACCUCAGCCAGCUGCAGCCCUGCCCCGGAGUCUCCUCUGAGCUCCGUGGAGGACCCGGUCAGGAGCCUGGGCGAGGUGGCGGCGGCGGGCGGCGGCGGGCUGAGCGGGGCGAUGUCCGCCGGCCGUGAAGCCGGCGAGCCCACCGAGCUCCGUCCCGGCACCCCGCUGCCCGUCCCGGGACACUCGGGCCUCAGCAUCCAGGAGAUGGUGGCCAUGUCGCCGGAGCUGGACACCUACACCAUCACCAAGAAGGUGAAGGAGGUGCUGACCGAUAACAACCUCGGCCAGCGUCUGUUCGGUGAAACCAUCCUGGGCCUGACGCAGGGCUCGGUGUCCGACCUGCUGGCCAGGCCCAAGCCCUGGCACAAGCUCAGCCUGAAGGGCCGCGAACCCUUCGUCCGGAUGCAGAUCUGGCUCAGGGACCCUCACAAUGUGGAGAAACUCAUGGACAUGAAGCGCAUGGAGAAGAAGGCCUACAUGAAGCGACGCCACAGCUCGGUGAGUGAAAGCCAAGGCAGCGGGGACCCUAACCCUAACCCUAACCCUGACUGCAGCCAGGGGGGCAGCCCUCAGGACGGGGCGCUGCAGCACCAGCUGAAGAAACCCCGGGUGGUCCUGGCUCCUGAGGAGAAGGAGGCUCUGAAGAGGGCCUACCAGCAGAAACCCUAUCCCUCCCCCAAAACCAUCGAAGAGCUGGCAUCACAGCUCAACCUCAAAACAAGCACCGUCAUCAACUGGUUCCACAACUACAGGUCCCGGAUCCGGCGGGAGCUCUUCAUUGAGGAGAUCCAGGCUGCAGCAGGGGCCGGUACCUCCCCGUCCAGUCAGUCUACCAAGGCCAGCGAGGGAGACUACUACGACGCCAACGGGUCCGAAGGCGCCGCGGAGCUUCAACCCGACCUGGAUCCCAGCAGCACAGGUGUGCUGGCGGAGGGCGACUGCGUGCUGGGCCAGGUGGAAGAAGGCAGCAGCGGCCAGCACGCCGCCAGCGCUCUGGACAGCCUGUUCAGCCUCCCCGACGGCGGCCACGCGUCCUCUCCCGCCGUGCGCAACCCUCGAGACAGCAGCCUGCGCAAGAAGAAAGCCGCAAACCUCAAUAACAUCAUCCAUCGCCUGGAAAAGGCUGCCAGCAAAGACGAGCCUCAUGAAUGGGAAUUCUAACAGAUUUUCCCCCUCAGAGCCUGUUUUUCUGUGGCCCUGACUGCACAGAAGCUGCUGCCAGAUGAGACCUGGUGUCUUUUAGAUGUUCACAUUGGAGAGAGAGCACUAACCAGCAGCAACAACUCGCUUUUAUUUUGGAGGCAGAAAAAAAGCACUUAAAGGAAAGCCCUGCAGGCCACAGGGAAGAGUCAGUCCACAGGAACAGCCUUGGUGUUGUGUUUCUGUGGACAUGCAUGUGUGUGCGUUUCCCUCGGAGCAACUUAGUUUUUAUAGCUUCAUUCACAAAAAGAGUUCUCACCAUGUAAAGCCAUCUUAAGCCCUUUCUCCUUUGUUUUUUUCCAAGAUUUUUCCCUCUUUUUUACGCCAGUAGUUUGACUUUGAACCGGUCAGGAUCGCCAAGCGACGGUUAAACAAAAGUGUAAAGUGGGACAGAGGAGUGACCUGAGGACUUUUAUCCCAAGUGUUUCUCCUUCCUUUGUCCUGCAGCUCACCACUAAAAUAUACUGGGAAUGCUCCAGGAGCCAAAGACCAAACUGAGAGGGUUUCAACAUUUAUAUCAAAUUCUUUCUCUCCUCCUCCUGCAAGAGGAAAAAAAAAAAAAAAAAACUUUUACAGCAAUUUGGUUGCCACUAUGAGAUUGUACAGUCGCUCGACUCUAAACAUUUUCAUUUUGAUUGCUUUGAUAAAACUAAAAACUGAAAAUACUGAUCAGCUGUUUUAAAGAAAAGACAAAAAUGUCACUUUAAUUCAUAAUUUUUUUUCCUUUGCCGUCAUAAGACACAUGAAAAGGGUUGUAGGUUUUAGAGGUUUUUCUUUCUCUUGAGUAGAAGCUGUCAGGACUUUAUUUAAUACACCUCACCACAGGCCAAAUCACGUGUCACAGGAAAAAAACACAAACAUUCUUGCAGAGGAAUAUAAUUUCAGUCUCAAUACUAAAAAAACAAAGCAAAACAAAACAAAAACAAAAACAAAAAAAAACACGAGGAAGCUUGCGUUUUAAACUUUUUUACUGCAGAA